CCGUUGCAGUGUGUUCAGUAUGAGAGGUCAUGGCUCCGCUUUAGACGCUCACCGGUUUCACUCUUCCAGUCAGGUUUUUACUCUGAUAAUGCCGUAAAUAAAGAGUGAGCACUGAACGGAGCAGCGUCGGUAACACGGGGUGAGGUUGGUAGGGGGAAAUGGGUCCAGCUGGCUUUCUCCCAUUUCUACAGCGUGUGAACACUCUAUCCUCCACAUGCACAUCAGCAGCAGUUAUUUGUUCCUUUCGGCUGCUGAGAGCAGGCCUGUGGCGUGGUCCUGCCUGCGCCCUGGUACACUGGAGGAGCAUCUUUGUGGAGAAAGCCUUCAGCCAUCAUGGGUCAGAGUUGACAGACAAGGAGAGUAGACUGCUGGACAGGCUGUAUAAUGGACUCGUUGGGGGUCAGAGAUCGUCUCUUGCCGAGUCUAUAACUCUGGUGGAGACACAGCACCCGCGGAAGAAAGAGCUGGCCCAAGUGCUGGUACAGAGAGUCCUGGCCUUUCGGCAGGAGCAGGAGAGACUGAGUGGGGGGAAACCUGUGGCCUUCAGAGUGGGUCUGUCUGGUCCUCCGGGUGCAGGGAAGUCAUCCUUUAUCGAAGUGCUGGGGAAAAUGCUGACAGGAAAAGGCCACAAAGUCUCGGUUCUGGCUGUUGACCCUUCCUCCUGCACAACCGGAGGUUCACUGAUGGGGGAUAAAACGCGGAUGACAGAGCUCUCCAGAGACAUGAGCGCUUUUAUCCGUCCUUCACCAACCUCCGGCACGCUCGGUGGCGUGACAAGGACCACCAACGAAUCUAUCGUCCUCUGUGAGGGUGCAGGCUAUGACAUCGUCCUGGUGGAGACAGUAGGUGUUGGACAGUCUGAGUUUGCUGUGGCUGACAUGGUGGACCUUUUUGUGUUGCUCAUUCCACCGGCAGGGGGUGAUGAACUUCAGGGAAUCAAAAGAGGAAUCAUUGAGAAGGCUGACCUGGUGGUAGUCACAAAGUCAGAUGGAGAGUUGGUCAUUCCAGCACGAAAAAUCCAGGCUGAAUACACAAGUGCUCUGAAGCUGCUUCGAAAGAAAUCCAAAACUUGGAAAACUAAGGUGGUUCGGGUGUCCUCUCAGACAGGUCAAGGCGUGCCAGAGCUGUGGGACAUUAUGCUGCAGUUUCGUGAUGCCAUGCUGGCCAGCAGUGAGCUGCAAGCACGAAGGCGGGAGCAGCAAAAGGUGUGGCUAUGGAGCCUGAUCCAGGAAAAUGCCCUACAGCACUUUAGGGAACACCCGGCGGUGCAGGCCGGGCUACCGGAGAUGGAGUGGAGGGUGACCCAGGGCGAUAUCUCACCUGGACUGGCUGCUGACCUUUUGCUCAGGGCCUUCAGGUCCCCACAGUAGCAAAGGCCCAUUGAAUACUCUUCCAAUCAACACAGCAAACGUCUCAGAGUUCAAUUUAAGGAAUACGGCAGCCCUUUUCUACCUAAUGUCUGUUCGCUGCAUGCAUGAAAAUUUUGUGUUUUCCUGCACACAGAAAGGAAUAGAAAACCUGUUGACUUGAAACACAUUUAUAAUAGAAGCCAGUGGGUAGCUGCUGAAGCAGCUGUGGUUACUGAGUGUUUGCUACAGAUGUGUUAGACGAUGUGGUAUUCUUUUAAAAAAAUGACACAGUUUACCCCUACCUCACAAACUUAACGAUUGGUGUCCCUAGUUUGCUUCUUUAGCAGUGGAGCUGCAGGACUAACAUAAGUGUAGUUAGAUUUUGGGUGACAGACUUCCAUCACUUUUUUGUACAUUAGCCUUGUAGCUCCAGUGCAAUUUUAAAGGACCCAAAACUUGGAUCACUAAAUAUAUCAUAGCUGGUUGGCUAUGUUUGGGGUACGGAUAAAGUUGUGUAAAUUUGAUUUUUCACUAAACCAUUCUUUUUAACACUAAUGAUCUUGAAUGAACUCUUACAGUGUUAAUUUGUGUCCAGCUGGACCUACAAAUACUGUAGACAUUAAAUUAAUUCUGAGGAUUUUUCCGCAAAGGAUCUUUUAAUACAGGGAAUAAGUUGUAUUGUUGCAGAAUGCAGUCUUAGCAGGCCUUACAGUUUUGGUAGUUCAGUGAGUAUCACAACACCACAGUUUUAGUGAUUUCUCUGCUGUAAUACACGAUUUCAACUCAUAAAGGCUUCUAUAUGACAUACAUCAUGUAUUGAUUGUAAAAUGCAAAACUCUCCAGUGCUGUAAUUUUUGGGUUGUACUACAAAACUGGAGAUAUGGCCUGCUGAGCUAAGUGAGUGCAGUGUUUGCUAUUUUAGAAGCUAAGUGGGUGGCACAGCACUGGAUAGUUUGGUAAACAGCUCAUAAAUUGUCUUUGUUGUGAUCGAGAAGGAAACUAUGCAAUGCUGUAAACUUAAGGGGUGGCAGGUACUAAAGAACUAUAUGUAUGAACUAACUGCGUUCAAAUUAAUUUAGCAUUGAAUUGAAUUGAGCACCUGUUUUGUGUUGCUAACACACAGGUCAGAUUUACAACGUAAAGGACUGGAGAACAUUUGUUUUAAAAGCUGGUUCCUAAAGUGAUGCUAUAGAUGACAGAAGCUGAUCAUGCACCUCUUGCCUCUGGAUUUCUAAAGGCAAUAUAUAUUGAUAGGAAGUUAAUUGUUUCUCAGUUGUUAUAUACUCUAUCAAAUCUGCCUGCAUAUGUGAUUGAUCCACACUGUGUUUACAUUUAUGUUGGAUUUUAAUGAUUGUGUCCUCCUUUUAAUUAGUGCAUAAAAAUGAAUUCAUUAAAUAAUUAGUUAAAAGCAAAACAGGCUCAAAUUUCAUCAUCUUUGUCUAUGGCUGGUUUUUAAUUAGGGCCUCCACACAUUCUUCAAACAGAUUUGGCAUGUAAAAUAACUGCUUUAAUAACCAUAAUUUAUGCUAAGAUGUUCUUUCUGCUCUGAAGUGGUUCAUUAGCAUCACAUGCGGUUUUGUUUUUUUUGUUUUUUUUUCCUGGACACUGCCAACAGAAAACCAGCUUGUAUUGAGAAGAUGAAUUUGAUUACAGUAAUUGGCCCUUAAGAGGGCUUUACAAAAAUUCUCUGUGUAUGUGACUACUUUUGUGAAUGAACAUUGUUGACUUACAUGGUUUGCAUCGGUAGCAGCUGUGUGUUCCCUUAAAUCCUAGAUGAACUGAUAUUCAGAUUAUGUUGUGGACUGUCUGAUCAAUCUAUCUUCUUGAUGUCACUGAUCUUUCUCUACUUACACAUGCUAUUUUACAUUCACUAAUUGAAGUCAAAAUGCAAAGAUGGACAGCAGUGAGCACUAAACAGAAAAAACCUUUGCCAUCUUUAAUUUAUUACAUAGCAUUAGGCUUAAGGAUUCUUUGAAAUACUAUCGGUGAAAAAUCACAAACUUUUUGGUGUGAGAUGAAUUUAUUCCUUUGCAUUGCUAACCUGAAACAGGACUGAGAUUAGAUGACUUUUGGCAUCCUAUGUCGCGACCUUUCAUAAAUAACACUGGCAGGGAUUUGCACUCUGCUGUCGGUUUUUUGUUGUGUUGCCUUUAGCCGUCUUGCAUGCUUUUAUCUCUUUUUAGCUCUCGCCAAUGAGUAAAAGCCAGUUUGAGAUUUA